AUGAACCUGCUAUACUACUCGCUAGCCGUCUACCUGUCGCUGACGUCGCCUGUCUUAGCAGCAGCAUCCAAAGAUUCCAAAGACGGCGAGAAACCCUGCACCAUAACGUCGCCGACUAGUGGUAGCUUCUUCGACCUGAGCUCGCUGCAAUUGCUUGAUCCGAAAGUUAGCAAGACGAAACACCCGCGCGAACAUAGUUGGAAUGCAACGGGGUAUGAUUUAGGUUACAACUUUACGGUCAAUGUGUGCGGGCCGGUCAUUGAGAAUGUAGAGGAUGUGGUGGGUGUUGAGAAGAAUCUGUGGCAGAAUGUGUCGGCGUACUACAAGCAUGAUGGGAAGACGUAUUCGUUGGGCCAGCAGAACUCCGAGCUGGUGAUGCGAGGCCGGAAGCUUGUGCUCAACUACACCGACGGCUCUCCAUGUGAAUCGGUGUCGAAACGCAGCGCGCCCUUGCUGAAUAACCUGGAGACUCGAGAAAUCGUUGGAGGUGGAGACAAGAAGAAGAGCAAGGAUAAGGAUGACGACGAGGGCAACGACAGCGACUCGAAGAAGAAGCCAUCGUCCAACGGAAAGAAGAAGAAGAGCACCAUCAUCAGCAUGCUCUGCGACAGAGACCCCCUCGCCCCAACAUUCGCACUUAGUUUCGUCGGCAGUCUGGACGAGUGCACCUACUUCUUCGAAGGACGAUCCAUGGCCGUCUGCGCCACCGCGAACACAAGCAGCGGCGGCUCACUAAACCCCUCCGGAGUGUUUGGUGUGAUCAUGGUAAUCGCCAUCGCAGUCUACUUUGUCGGAGGAUGCGUGUACAACCGGGCAGUCUUGAACCAGAGAGGGUGGCAACAGAUACCGAAUUAUUCACUGUGGGCCGGGAUUUUUGGCUUCUUCAGGGAUUUGGUCAUGAUUCUGACUUCAUCGUGUGCGCGGUUCUUGCCGUUGAGGCGGGGGUAUAGUCGAGUUAAUGGCGGGAUAGGAGGGUAUGAUAGGAGGGGCCGGGAACGGGGAGAUAGUGAUGCUGAGAAUCGGCUUAUUGAUGAGUUGAAUGAGGAGUGGGAUGAUUGA